GAUGCUGGGAGUUUCUGAGUUGGGGAUUCGCUCUUGAGCUUGUCACUUGGAAGACUUUCUGGAGUUAGCUUUGCCUUUUCCUUCUUGCUGUUGCUGCUUUUUUUGCUGCCGCUUAAGCUCCUUGCUUCUCAAGUGCCACGGCGACCGAGCUAGGAGCCAGUAUCAUGUUUCGCCGCAAACUGACGGCCCUGGACUAUCAUAAUCCUUGCGGUUUCAAUUGCAAAGGUGAGGGAGAUGAAACAGAAUUUAGAAACUUUAUUGUUUGGCUUGAAGAUCAAAAGAUUAGACACUACAAGAUCGAAGACAGAGGAAAUUUAAGAAACAUUCACAAUAGUGAAUGGCCCAAGUUCUUUGAAAAGUAUCUGAAAGAUGUUAACUGCCCUUUCAAGAUUCAAGAGAGACAAGAAACAAUUGAUUGGCUUCUUGGUUUAGCUGUUAGACUUGAAUAUGGAGAUAAUGCUGACAAAUACAAGGAUUCUACACCAGAUAAUGCUAAAAAUGCUGACAAUGCAGCUAAAAAUGUAGAGCCACUGAUAAAUUUGGAUGUGAAUAAUCCUGAUUUUAAGGCAGGAGUAAUGGCUUUGGCCAACCUUCUUCAAAUCCAGCGUCAUGAUGAUUAUUUGGUAAUGCUUAAGGCAAUUCGCAUUUUGGUUCAGGAACGCUUAACACAGGAGGCAGUUGCUAAGGCAAAUCAGACGAAAGAGAUGAGGAAACUGAAGCAAACAGGGUUAAGUGACUUUCCCAUGGUCAUACAAUUUGUCUGAGGCCAGAUUUGAAUCCAUAAAGUUUAAUAUUCCUGACUGGUUCUGGACUGGCACUCUAUCCACUACUACACCUAAGCUGCCCAUUUCUAUAACACUACAGAACUGAAGAAAUAUUAUUUUGCAUUCACAUGCAACUGUUCCUAGUGAAAGCCAUCUCGAUGAUUAUGAUGCUAUCAAUAAUAAAAGCUAGCAUUUAUAUCUAGUACUUUGUUUUGCAAGGCAAACUGUUUUGUCUUUUUUUCCCUUACAACAAUCUUGGGAGGUAGGUGCUAUUAUUUUUUCACCAUUUUAUAGGUAAAGGAUUUGAGGCAGAUAGUGGUCAAGUGACUUGUCCAAAGUCUAUUGAUCAUCAGGCAGGAUUUAAACAAGUCUUUCUAACUCCAGAUUUAGCACUCUAUCCACAAUGCCACACAGUCACCUCUUCUGGACUUUUUUGCUAGCACAAAAGUAGAGAUAUGGGCAGAAAUUACCCUCAUACAUUUAUACUCUACAGCAUCGUAGUGUCCCACUCUCAAAUUUAUAUUUCUAGUUCUAACUUUACUUCUGAAUUGGAGAUUCACAUCUCUAACUCUGUAAAACAUCUCUAUCUGAAUGACCCACUAGUACUUAAAACUCAAAUGUCCAAAGCCAAGUUAUUUUUCUAUUCCCUAAAAUAUUCUGCUCCUCCUUUGGCUUUACUAAUUUUGUCCAUGGUACUAUCAUUUACUCUGGAUAGUGUCUGUCAGGGCUAUCACAGUUACUUACUCAAACCUUUCUUUUGAGAAAAUUGGAAUUUAUCCUCUGGAAUCAAUUUUCUUGAGCAACAGCUCAAGAUAGACCUGUUCUGGUUUUAUCUUGCUUGCUUUAUCUUCAUACAAGAGUAUGAAGCUUUCUUAUAUGAUCCUUUAUCUGUUUCAUUUCUUUUUUCUAAGCUAUGCUUUUCCAUGUAUUUAUUCCCAUCCUCAACCUUUUCCCACAUUCACACUGAAGUAAUCAAAUACAAUAUCCUAAUCAAGUUCUCCAUAAAAUUUCUCUUCACAUGUCUUUAGUUGUAUAAUUUAUUCAUAUAAAAUGCCUAUGGUAUUUUCUAUUAAAAUUCAUCUGCUUGGAUACAAAAUAAAUCCACAUAAAUCCUCAACAUUUUUAUACAUCACCAACAAAAUCCAACAGCAAGAGAUACAAAGAGAAAUUCCAUUCAAAAUAACUGUUGAUAGCAUAAAAUAUUUGGGAAUCUAUCUACCAAAGGAAAGUCAGGAAUUAUAUAAGUAAAAUUAUAGAACACUUUCCACACAAAUAAAGUCAGAUUUAAAUAAUUGGAAAAAUAUUAAGUGCUUUUGGAUAGGCCAAGUGAAUAUAAUAAAGAUGACAAUACUCUCUAAUCUAUUUAUUUAGUGCUAUACCAGACUCCCAAGAAACUAUUUUAAUGACCUAGAAAAAAAUAACAUCAAAAUUCAUAUGGAAGAACAAAAGGUUGAGAAUUUCAAGGGAAUUAAUGAAAAAAAAAAUCAAAUGAAGGUGGUCUAGCUGUACCUGAUCUAAAACUAUAUUAUAAAGCAGUAGUCACCAAAACUAAGAAAUAGAUUAAUUGAUCAGUGGAAUAGGUUAGGUUCACAGGACAAAAUAAUAACUAUAGCAAUCUAGUGUUUGACAAACCGAAAGAUCCCAACUUUUGUGAUAAAAAUUCAUUAUUUGACAAAAACUGCUGGGAAAACUGGAAAUUAGUAUGGCAGAAAUUAGGCAUGGACCCACACUUAACACCGUACACCAAGAUAAGGUCAAAAUGGGUCCAUGAUUUAGACAUAAAGAAUGAGCUUAUAAAUAAAUUAGAGGAACAUACAAUAGUUUACCUCUCAGACUUGUGGAGGGGGAAGGAAUUUGUGACCAAAGAAGAAUUAGAGAUCAUUAUUGAUCACAAAAUGGAAAAUUUUGAUUACAUCAAAUUAAAAAGCCUUUGUACAAACAUAACUAAUGUAAACAAGAUUAGAAGAGGAGCAACAAACUGGGAAAACAUUUUUACAAUUAAAGGUUCUGAUAAAGGCCUCAUUUCCAAAAUAUAUAGAGAAUUGACUCUAAUUUAAGAAAUCAAGCCAUUCUCCAAUUGAUAAAUGGUCGAAGGAUAUGAACAGACAAUUUUCAGAUGAUGAAAUUGAAACUCAUAUGAGUGUUGCAAAUCAUUAUUGAUCAGAGAAAUGCAAAUUAAGACAACUCUAAGAUACCACUAUAUACCUGUCAGAUUGGCUAAGAUAACAGGAAAAAAUAAUGAUGAAUGUUGGAGGGGAUGCAGAAAAACUGGGACAUUGAUUCAUUGUUGAUGGAGUUGUGAAUGAAUGCAACCAUUCUGGUGAGCAAUUUGGAAUUAUGCCCCAAAAGUUAUCAAACUGUGCAUACCCUUUGAUCUAGCAGUGUUACUAUUGGGCUUAUAUCCCAAAGAGAUACUAAAAAAGGUAAAGGGACCUGCCUGUGUUAAAAUGUUUGUGGCAGCCCUUUUUGUAGUGGCUAGAAACUGGAAAAUGAAUGGAUGCCCAUCAAUUGGAGAAUGGUUGUGGUAUAUGAAUGUUAUGGAAUAUUAUUGUUCUGUAAGAAAUGACCAGCAGGAUGAAUACAGAGAGGCAAAGGGCAGAACCAGGAGAUCAUUAUAUACUUCAACAACAAUACUGUAUGAGGAUGUAUUCUGAUAGAAGUGGCUAUCUUCAACAAAGAGAAGAUCUAAUUCAGUUCCAAUUGAUCAAUUGUGGACAUAAUCAGCUAUACCCAGAGAAGGAACACUGGGAAAUGAGUCUGAACUGUUUGCAUUUUUGUUUUUCUUCCCAGAGUAUUUUUAUAACCUUCUGAAUCCAAUUCUUCCUGUGCAACAAGAGAACUGUUUGGUUCUGUACACAUAUAUCUGCACAAAUAUAGUAUCUGGGAUAUACUAUAACAUAUUUAAUAUGUAUAAGACUGCCUGCCAUCUAGGGGAGGGAGUGGAAGGAGGGAAGGGAAAAAUCCGAACAGAAGUGAGUGCAAGGGAUAAUAUUGUAAAAAAAAUUACCCAUGUAUAUGUACUGUCAAUAAAAAGUUAUAAUUAAAAAAAUAAAA